AUGAAAAUUGAUGGACACUUGAUGGAUAAGCAGAGGGAUGCACUUACAAGUCUCGUCACACUCUUCUGUGUGUCAGCCUUCGUUAAGAGGGACGUUGGACGAAUGAGACUCGAGAGGAGUACUGAAGCUAAAAUCAAUAUGAGGGAAGGGCAUGAGUCGACGUCUGAAGAACCGGUUAAGAACUGUGUCUGUUCCAAGGUUUACGAUCCGGUUUGCGGAUCAAACGAUAAAUCAUACUACAACAUUUGCCAGCUGCAAUGUGAAAAUAAACCCGGCACUGUUCACGUUUUGCAUCAAGGGAACUGUAUACCGUUCUGA